GUGAAGGGUUGUGCGUCGGUGAAGCGAACUGAGAGAGAGAGUGCGCGCCAUGGCGCUGUAUUGUCUGUUCGGGGUGUAGGUAGACAAACAGCUAGGGGAGGGGACGAGAGAGAGAGAGACGCAGGCCGGAGGCCUUGAGGAGUGACGCGGCGGGAGGGGGGAAGAAACGAGGGACAGCCACCGCCGCCGAUGAGAGGAGCAAAGCCGCACCUUCCACAGGAGCCGCGGGAGAGAUGACAGCAGAGCCGCGCAGUGAAAGCAAGCUGAAUACAUUAGUGCAGAAGCUUCAUGAAUAUUUGGCUCAAUCAACAGAACAAGGUGAAGAAACUGUAUCCUCUCCAAAGCUGUGUCUAAAUCAGUUUUCAGGUAAAGGGAACAUAACUGUAAUUUCCGCUUCAUCACAUAUGGAGGAUAAAGAGGCCUCCAGUCAAAAAUCGAAGUCUUCGGGAGCAUCCCGUUCAAGAAGGAAGCCCUCUGUUGUGACAAAACACGUUGUUUCAGAUGAUGAAACUUCAAAUGAGAAUACUUCCGAUUGUGAAAAAUUGACUUCAAAAACUGAGGAUACAGAUGACUUGGAUGUGAAUAGUCUGCCUAAAGGCACAAUAGUUGUACAGCCUGAACCAGCAUGGAAUGAAGACAAAGAUAACUUUCGAGGCCCUGAAUUUAGAAGCAGAAAUCCUAAAAACAAAAUGGAAACAGUGAAGAAGCGUGGAGAUGAGAAUCUACAUGGAAUAGUCAGCUGUACUGCUUGUGGACAGCAAGUAAACCAUUUUCACAAAGAUUCAGUCCAGCGGCAUCCGGCAUUGAAAGUUCUCAUUUGUAGGAGUUGUCAUAAGUACUAUAUGAGUGAUGAUAUUAGCCGAGAUGCAGAUGGUAUGGAUGAACAAUGCAGGUGGUGUGCUGAAGGUGGAAAUCUGAUUUGUUGUGAUUUUUGUCACAAUGCAUUUUGCAAAAGCUGCAUCUUGCGAAACCUGGGUAGGAAGGAACUAUCCAAUAUUAUGGAUGAAAACAAAAAGUGGUACUGCUAUGUAUGUAACCCAGAGCCUUUACUGGAUUUGGUGACAGCGUGUGACAGUGUAUUUGAGUGUCUCGAUCAGCUGUGGCAACAAAACAGAAAGAGGAGAGACUUUGAUAAAUUUAAAUUGGACAGUGAUAAAUGCAAAUCUCCUGGUCCUCAUGAUAGUGACAAGUCUAUGGAUCAUGACUACAAAAAUGCUCAGAGAGUUUCUAGUAAAGAUUGUAAUGGACAAGAAAAAGACGAAGAUACAUUAACAGCCCUUUCUCCAGGUUCUGGAAGUAUUUUAUAUUCUUAUAAGGCACUGAAAGUGCCAAAAGAAAUUCUGAAGAAGGCUCGCAAGCUAAUAGAUACGACAGCCAAUUUGAAUAUUAGUUUUGUUAAUUUUUUAAAACAGAAGGACUUGAAUGAAUCUGAGUCUAACGUAAGCAUGAGACAGUUGAAAGCUUUUAAAUCUGUGCUUGGAGAUCUAAAAAAAGUUCAUCUGGCAUUGGAAGAAGUUGUAGAUAGAGAGAUUCAGGAUUUGGAAAGAAAUAAGAAACAUGCUGGAUCAUUACAGGAUUGUGUUAAGAAAUUUGAGGUGUUGGAUUCUACUAACAAUAAAAACUAUUUAUUACCUGAUCGGACAAUUGCAGAAAACUCUGUUUCACCCGAAGAUGAAUCUGAUCAGAUGGAAGUGUCAGUAGUGUCAAGUGAACCAGGCAAGAUUACUGAAGAACAACAAAUGUCAGUAGAACAAAUCAGUCCACUAGUACUGGAUUCAAAAAUGCCUAGGAUUGAAACUGAUUGUAUAUCAAAUGAAGAUCUGUUGGUUAAAAAUGAAGUUGUUGCUAAUACUGAAAACCCGGGUCUUGUACUGGAAUCCGAGAUGGCUGAAGCAACAUUACUUAACAGUUUAGAUGAAGCUUUAGAUAUGGGUUCUGUUACUUCAUUGACUGAAGGUUUGUUUGGGGCAACUGUCGCACUGCUACCAGAUCUGGAUACAAUGGAUAAUUCUGCUAGUAACAGCACACUGUUAGAUACUACAUCAACUAAAGCACCUGCUGAAAACCAGAAUUCUGAAAAAUCCUCAGAGCUGGACUCUGAUUCCAGUGUUAAAUCUUCAGCUAAGUGUAAAUCUUUAAGUAAGCUGACCCUGGCUUCACUUAAGAGAUCUAAAAAAGCUGCAAAAGAUACAGGCAAGAGAAAACUGUUUAAGGAUAGACAGGAUACUGCAGCAAUAGAUGAUGCUGAAGGUGUUGCUGAAAUGGAGGAUAAUGGGAGGGACACUGAGACAGAGGAUAAUGAAGUUGCUGAGGCGGUGUCUAAUGGGAGUGAUGCUGCUGUGGUAAUGGACAGUAGCAAUGGCAACAAAGGGCAUGUGGUGGAGAGUGAUGCAGGCAGUGCUGGCGGCAAUGAUGGAAAUGAAACUGGUGAUGACACUGGGUACGGAGUUGAUAGCCAUGAUGAUGUAGAAGGUGGAGAAAGAAUCAGUGCUGCAGAAGAUUCCGUUAAAGGCAAAAUAAUCAAGAAAAAGAACCAAAAGGCCAAUUUAAAAAUUUCAAAAAAGAGGAAGAAGAAAUCAGAUGAAGUAAUUGAAGAUGAUCUUGAAAAUGAUCCUGUAAAUGAUGCUUCAGUUCUAUCAGAGGAUGCUGAUACCAGGCGAUCACCUCGCAUAAAAACUACACCUCUGAGGCGUCCUGGUGGGGCUGGAAUUGUGAACUCCAGAUCUGAAGAUGAUACUGAUAGUACUGGUGGUAAAAAGCGUAGAAGAUUGAAAAGGGAACCUAAAGGUAAAGACAAAGUUGAUUCUUCGGUGAAAGUAAAGACUGGCCCAUCAAAAACAGUCAGCAAAAGUCUCAAGUGUGGGAUGCAGGAAUCUGAUCCUGAUAAGUCAGAUACACCACAUCAAGCUAGUGUGCAAACUACCUCUGACUCAGAUGAAAUUCCUGAGGUAUUGAAAAAGGCAGCAGUGAAAUGUGAGAGCUCAUCAGAUGUGGAUAACAAAGAUAGUGAUUCAUCCCAAAGAAUUAUUAAAAGGACGAAUCUGUUUGGUUUGAGAAAACGAAUGCCACAGUCUAGUAGCCUUAAACGUAAAAGGAAGUGCUCGUCUUCGAGUUCAGAUUUUGGUGGAAAAGAGAGAAAAAGAACCAGUAAAAGGAUUAGUGUUGCUAACAAAAAAAGACAGCAUCGUUCAGACUCUUCGAACUAUGAUUCUGACCUAGAAAAAGAGAUAAAGAACUUGAGUAAAAUCAGUGCUGCUAAAAAAUCAUCUUCAAAGAAAACAAAAAGACAGAUAACGAAGGAAGAUGGGGAUGAUUCAUCCAAAGAUGAGAGAGUUUCCACAAAUUCUGCUCCAGAAAAAGCGAGAUUAAAACGAAAGAAACGAGCUGUGGGGAGAAAGCAAAGCUCCUCCUCAUCGUCAGAUGAAGAUGAAGAAACUGAACAAGGGGACAAGCAGGACAUCCCUGGAGAAGGUAGCAGUGAUGAACAAAAGAUACAGCCUAUCAUGGAAAAUGUUGUUCUUGCUGCGGGAUCAGGAUUUUGCCAGUCAUCAGGUGAUGAAGCAGAGGGAAAUUCUAAAAAUGUUCCCCCAUGUGCCAGUGAUGACUAUGAUGAUGACCCUGAGAAUAGAAUCGCUAAGAAAAUGCUGCUAGCUGAAAUAAAUGCAAAUUUGUCAUCUAAUGAUGAUAAGUCUUCGGAAGAGGAAUCUGAGGAAGAAAAGAAGAAAUCCGACCCAAAAAGUGCAGCAGAAGAAGAUGAAGAUGAUGAGGAAGAGGAUGCUGAAGCGGAUUCUGAUUCAGAUUCUGACUUUGAAAUGACAAAGAAACCACGCUACAGGCAUCGACUUCUGAGACAUAAGCUCACAAUGAGUGAUGGUGAAUCUGGUGAUGACAAGAAGGGAUCCAAAGCCAAAGAUCAAACAAAAGAAGGCACACGAAAGAACAGGAGGAAAGCAAGUAGUAAUGAAAAUACUACUGAGCAGGAGAGUGAUUCUGAUUUUCAGGAGUCUGGAUCAAGUGAGGAAGAUGAAAGUGAUUCUGAUGAUAAACGGAAGCGCCCAAGAACGAGAGCAUCUAAAAAAGAGGCUGAGGAAAAUCAACGUAGCUACCUUCAGAAAAAGAAAAGAAGGCGCAUUAAAGUUCAAGAAAACUCAUCAAGUGAAAAGCAAAGUAACUCUGAAGAUGAGGGUAACGAUGAUAGCAAUGACAAUGAUUCCAAAUCCCCGGGGAAAGGUCGGAAGAAGAUUAGAAAAAUUUUGAAAGAUGGAAAUUUACGUACAGAAACUCAAAAUGCCUUGAAAGAAGAGGAAGAUAGAAGAAAACGCAUUGCAGAUCGCGAAAAAGAGAGAGAAAAGUUGCGAGAGCAGGUUGUGUCUGAAGAUAUGUCCCCAAUGCAGUGUCCAAUAACCACUAAAUUAGUCCUUGAUGAAGACAAGGAGACAAAUGAAUCUAUUGUCCAGGUCCAUAGAAAUUUGGUAAGGAAACUGAAGCCUCAUCAAGUUGAUGGUGUGCAAUUCAUGUGGGAUUGUUGCUGUGAAUCGGUGAGCAAAGCCUUAAAGGAGAAUGGGUCUGGGUGCAUUUUGGCACACUGUAUGGGACUUGGAAAGACAUUACAGGUGGUGACCUUCUUGCACACCAUGUUGUUGGCCGAGAAGCUGAACUUCAGUACUGCCUUGAUUGUUUGUCCACUUAACACAGUUCUUAAUUGGAUUAAUGAAUUUGCCAAAUGGCAGGAAGGACUGGAUGAUGAUGAAUGUUUAGAGGUAAAUGAACUGGCAACAGUAAAACGUCCUCAGGAGCGGGCCUAUAUGCUUGAAAGAUGGAUGGAAGAUGGUGGUGUCAUGAUUCUAGGUUAUGAAAUGUACCGUAAUCUUGCUCAAGGCAGGAAUGUGAAAAGCAAGAAAUUGAAGGAAAUAUUCCACAGGACUUUAGUAAAUCCAGGUCCUGACUUUGUUGUAUGUGAUGAAGGUCAUGUACUUAAAAAUGAAGCUUCCGCUAUAUCAAAGGCAAUGAAUUCCAUUAAAACCAAACGGAGGAUUAUUCUUACUGGGACGCCGUUACAAAAUAAUCUAGUAGAAUAUCACUGUAUGGUGAAUUUCAUUAAAGAGAACCUUCUUGGUUCAAUAAAGGAAUUCCGAAACCGAUUCAUGAAUCCCAUUCAAAAUGGCCAGUGUGCUGAUUCCACGUUAGUGGAUGUGAGAGUAAUGAAGAAACGUGCUCAUAUCUUGUAUGAAAUGCUAGCAGGCUGUGUGCAGCGAAAGGAUUACACUGCGCUUACCAAAUUCUUGCCUCCAAAAUAUGAGUAUGUUCUUUCUGUGAGAAUGAUGCCAAUUCAGUGCAAACUUUACCAGUACUACCUUGACCAUUUUACAGGUGUGGGGACUAAUAAUGAAAGUGGAAGGGGGAAGACGGGCACAAGACUCUUCCAAGAUUUUCAGAUGCUGAGCAGGAUAUGGACUCAUCCUUGGUGCCUGCAGUUGGACUACAUCAGCAAAGAAAACAAGGGAUACUUUGAUGAGGACAGUAUGGAUGAAUUCAUUGCAUCAGACUCAGAUGAAACUUCAAUGAGCCUUUCCUCUGAAGAUGAGAAAAGUAAAAAGAGAAAAAAGCAUGGAAAGAAAGAUGAAAGCACCUCAAAGGAGAGUGGCAGUGACAAUGAUGUGGAAGUGAUCAAAGUUUGGAAUUCAAGGUCACGUGGUGGAGGAGAAGCAAGCACAGAAGAGAAACCUGCAGACUCCAGUGCUGCAAAAGCAGAUGAUGCAAAACCCUCAACUGGUUCCAAUCCAGGUAGUCCAGCUGCGGAUUGGUACAAAGAGUUCAUCACGGAUGCUGAUGCAGAAGUAUUGCAGCAUUCUGGGAAAAUGGCCCUUUUGUUUGAAAUUCUGUAUAUGUCUGAAGCAAUUGGAGAAAAAGUACUUGUAUUCAGCCAGUCCCUUAUAUCAUUGGAUUUAAUUGAAGACUUUCUGGAGAUAGCAAACAGAGAGAAAUCAGAGAUUUAUAAAGGUAAUGGGAAAUGGUACAGGAAUGUAGAUUACUAUCGAAUGGAUGGUUCUACAAGUGCACAAACAAGAAAAAAAUGGGCUGAAGAAUUCAAUGAUGAGAGUAACAUCAGGGGCCGUCUGUUCAUUAUUUCCACCAAAGCAGGAUCACUGGGGAUUAACCUGGUGGCUGCCAACCGUGUUAUCAUUUUUGAUGCCUCUUGGAAUCCUUCCUAUGAUAUCCAGAGCAUCUUUCGUGUUUACCGUUUUGGACAGAUAAAGCCAGUCUUUGUCUACAGGUUCUUGGCUCAGGGAACCAUGGAGGAAAAGAUUUAUGAUCGUCAAGUAACAAAGCAGUCACUAUCAUACCGUGUGGUUGACCAACAACAAAUUGAGCGACACUUUACGAUGAAUGAAUUAACCGAGCUCUACACUUUUGAACCAGAUCAGCUGGAUGAUCCAAAUUCUGAGAAGAAGAAGAAGAGAGAUACUCCUCUGCUGCCAAAGGAUCACAUUUUAGCAGAGAUACUUCAAAACCAGAAAGAUUUCAUUGUGGGCUACCACGAACAUGACUCUCUCCUAGACCACAAGGAGGAGGAAGAGCUAAGUGAGGAGGACAGAAAAGCAGCAUGGGCUGAGUAUGAAGCGGAAAAGAAAGGUCUCUCCUUGCGGACUAAUGUCGCAACUGGGAUUAAUUUCCCUGCUGUCAAUUUCGGCUUGCAGGCUGCACAUUUUCCUUUCAACAUAGCAACUUUGUCCACAAUGAGUAAUCAACAGCUGGAGGAUCUUAUCAAUCAAGGCAGGGAAAAGGUUGUUGAAGCCAGUACCAAUAUAGCAGGAGUGAGAGCAGAGGCUCUUGAAGACCUAAUUGCGCAAGUGUGGAAAGAAAAUCCUAACUUGACUGAGGAGCAAGUUCAAGCAGUGUCACUGAGCAAACAAGCCAGCCAAGAACUCGAAAUAAAACGCAGAGAAGUCAUGUACAAUGAUGUCCUUUCAAAGCAGCAGAUGCUGAUAAGGUCUGUACAACAAAUAUUAAUGAGCCGAAGGCAGCAACAGUUCAACCAUAUGGCAGUACAACAGCAAUAUCCAAUGAACCCACUUUUAAACCAAUAUAUGUCUUCAAGAAAUCCUGGUUCGUUGCUGACUUAUCCACACAUCGGUUUAAGAGGAUUGCCUAUGUAUCCACAAACUCCACCUGGUAUGCGACCUCCUCCUUUGCAACGGGCACCACCUGCACCUAUGCAGAUGAAGGGACAGUCUCCUGGCCCCCCACAACUGAAACAAGGAAUAAAAAAUUCAAAGAAGUAGCCACUGCUUAAGAGAUUAUAAAAAUGUAAUGUUGUGCCUUUGCUAUGGUAGCAAGCACAUUGCUGAACUGAAGGAAAGCUUCAAGUGACCAAUUUAUAACUGUAGAUUGCCGUUGGGACGCUAUUUAAGUGCGUAGAAUUGUGCUGAGAUCAUCAGAGGUAAUAUUGUCAUAGGAGAUUCCACAGAAUCUUUAAACAUUGUAUAUAGCCUUAAUAAAUAUGUGACUGCUCGGGAGAGAACAAGUUUUCCAUUUUUUUUGUUCUGCCAAUUAUUUUGUUUAAUUCUGAUGUAUGUGAAAAUUUUAAAAAGUUUUUUGAGGAGAUGAGAAGUUGAGAAUCCAGGACUCGUCGACCAAUGAAAUAUAAUUUAACAAAUGUAAUCUUUGCCACAUUACUUCAUGAGCUUCAGAAAUAAGACCAGUUGAUAAAGGAACAAAUUAUGUUGCUCCUUCAGUGUGUUUUUAUUUUGCUAAUAACACAUAUGUCUCAAUCUAACAUAUGAGCACUUCUCCACAAUCUUUGGUAGCUUAAUUCCUCCAUCUGUUGAACCAAAAGAGAAUGAUUUUCAGAACUGCUGACAUUUAAAGGGUAGACUUAGAUGAUAUCAUUCAAUGCUGACAGGAGGACUUAUUUGAUGUUAUCCAUUUACAAGGGUCAGUUUUGUAUAUGUGCUGAUUUAUACCUUCGGUCUUAAUAAAAGCAAUUAGGUUCAUCUUUGGCGGCGCCUCUGUGCAAUGCAUUGAUGUACAGACAAUGUUUCUUCCUCUCAACCUCUGUAGUACCGUUCAAAAAGUUUUUCAUAAUUUAAGCCCAUUUUGUUGCCAGUCAGCCUAAUUCAGUGGACUGAAUUUUUCUUUUCAAUGUGCUCGACAUGAGUUGGAUGCGAAGAAGCUCUUUGUUGUCAAUUUCAUCCAUUUUAGAUAUAUAUCCAAUGAUGAUCUGUCAUGAGAGUGCUAUUUACGUUCCCUAGAUGUUGACUUGAUUUAAUCCAUGUCCUGUGAAUUUCUUUACUUUCCUGGAAUUGGACGUUCCAAUCCCACAUGUACAGAACUAGGAAUUUCUGUUUUUCAUCUAGUCCUUGUGUAUUUGUGCUCAGAAACUACUGUUUCAAGGAUCUGUUCCAAAUGGAUAGAAUCUGUUACUUGGGACAAUAUAAAGAUGUCACACCAGAUACAUCAUGAUCCUUGAACUAGUCAUGUCCUUGUCACAAAACUAUUUUUGUGGCUUCUAUAGUCAGAGUAAACUCAGUGAAAGCAAAUAUUGCUAACCCUAUCAUCUUUGGUCUAAUGUUACUGUGGCUGUCAAUCCUGGAGCAGCUGCAUUUUUAUUCCACCAGGGGUGAAUGAUCGCAUAAUUGUGUAUUUUCUCCCCUAGAAUUAUAUCGUGGUUUCAUUUGCACCAGUGAUUUGUUCUGCCACCUCAGGUAUUGAGCCAUGUAACCAAAUGAUCCUUUGGGAUUAAUAUCACAUUUAUUGGUAACUGACGUUGCUCCCUGACAGUUUGGGAAACCAGCAUGCAACUCUUCAGCUUUCUUCGAAAUUCAACUUCUUAGCUUCUUUAAUAUAAAUUCAAAUAAUCUGUUCUAGAAACUGAUGGUUCGUCAGCUUUACAUGAUAUGAGCUAAUGUCUAGGCUGUUCUUGGAUUAUUUUCUUUUGAAGAACUUGUACAGUUUAAUUGUAUGGAAAAAAAAUUACUGUUUGGUCAUCACCAAACCAGUCAGAAGUAAGUUACAAUACAAGAAUGCAUAGAACCAGCUUUAAUCUGUAAACCUAGACAACGUCCAUCUGCUUAGGCAUUUAAAACAAGUAGGUAUUUAAUGUGUUCUACAUUAUUGGCCAUGUGGAUUGAAAAUUGAUUAGGUGAAGUUGACCAAAUCUUCUACUUUAACCAGGCCCAUCCUUGAAGCCACUUUUUGGAUUAUCUGCAGAGUUGCACUGCCUGGCAACUAGUUUAAUGAAAAAUUAGUUUUCAAUCAAGAAAGUCCUGAAAUUCAUAGAGUAUCCUAAAGGUACUGUUAAGACUGCAAGGGCAUCCAUUUUGGGUACCACUGAUCAAGUUCUUUUGUAUGUUAUGAUUUUCAUCGUAUGGAAGGUCAUUGCAUUAUAUAUCUGACAAUCUGCUCUUUUUGAAUGGAAGCAUUUCCAUAUAACAGAAUCUUGCAUAAUUAAUUCUACCCUUGGGAAUUGCUGCUUGUAGAAUUUAGUAUUUUGUUUUCUAGUUUUGGCCCCCAAAAAUUACCAGCUUGCAGUAAAUUCCUAGUUGUGUUACUUAAUUAACUUUGUUAAAAGUACUGUAUUCCUCCUUGGAACCUUAGCUUACUCCUGUGGUUUGUGGUGGAUACUUCUCAUCAAAGACUGAAGAAUCCUUGGAGGACAAAUUAUAUAAUUUUUGGAAGCCUGUUUGAUUGUUUCUGUUCAUAUUAUGUAUUAAUAUGACUAUUUAAUUCAUAGAUUUACAGUGUUAACCAUAUUUUGUGCUAAUCCACAUUUUAUUUUUCACCAAUACUGUCAGCCUGAUGUAAACCAAAAAUAAAGCUAUUCUGCACUCUAGGCCUCAACAUUUAUUUUUAAAUCUUUACAGUUUGUCUCUUUGAUAAUGGAUUGAUUUAUGAAAUAUAAAUGUUUUCUAGUCUCCCUGACUUGUAGGACUAUAUUAAAAUGCUCUUAAUUGGAACUUGCAGCAAAAUGUAACUGUAAUGUUCUGCAAAUGUUUCUAUUGGUUAAAGUUUUUUGAUUUUGUUUUAAUUGUGUAGAGAAUUUUUUCUUUUAAUUAGCCUGUUGGUCUAAUCGAAAGGUGAGACUUCUACUCAACUGCUCAUUUUUUAAAAACAAAAUCUUUUGCUCAACAUUUAUUUGCUUUCUGUGAUAAAAUUCUUUUCGAUUGACAAGCUUCCCAAUUUUCCUCAUUGUGAAAUCUUGCAAGUCGUUUUGCCCCACUGCUUUUCUAAGGUUGCACCAGAACAAUGAUUUGCUUUGUUGUCAUUUUGAGACUUAAUGUUAUUAUAAUGUUAAGAAUGAUCUAAAACAAAUUUCUGUCCAGAUGUUUAAAAGAUGCAUGUGUAUGUACGUUCUGUUGUGGCAGACACUACACUUGUUCAUCCAGUGGGAUGACAUCUUUUUGGUUGAUUUAUAUCACAGCACCUUAUCUUCAAAUUGGAAUCAAAUGUAUACAAUGGCUUGAACUUUUUAUAAGUACGCUUUAAAAUAUUUCCCAUUUUCAUCCUGCAAUUGGAUCUCACAAAAUUAAAAUAUAAUGUAAUAUUGGUAUACUGCACUUGUAGAGGCUUUUUGAUUUAAAAUUUUAAUCUAUUGCAGUGUGAUUUCAAUGUGUUUUAGAAGCCAGGAGAAGUAGUUUGAAUGUAUUUGGGAUAAAGGCGUGAUAAUGAUGCCAUUUGGCAACAGAGGGCAGCAGAUGGAAUUUUCAACUCCGAGGCUUUGGCAAUUUAUGGCCAUUAUUUCCCUUUGCUGUCCUUGACAUACUUCAUUUUAUCUUUUGGAAUUAUUUAUGACAAAUACAGUACUGUUCAAGAUCUCUUGCAAAAUUACCAGCAGAUGUUUUCACAGGAUAAAUCAGAAGUGUUUGCUGGUUUAUCAUUUAAAUACAAAUAAAAAGAUGAAGCCAUGGGUAGCACAAUAGUGGUAUAAGGCCAAUGCACAGAAUCAAAUUUUUGAGACGAGGUACACGACAAAAAUUAGACUUCUCAUAUGUUUCACUUUAAAUUUGGUUUUUUUUUUGUUUAUAUUCUAUCAGCACUGUAUUUCGUGCUGAAUUUGACCAGGAAAUAGUUUUGAAACUAUUAUGGUUGUGGUUGGGAAAAAGAUUAAAUCACUCAUUGUUCAUUUUUAUAAAGUUAGAUGUGAUUUACAUAGUUGCUGUUGCUUAACCGAUAAAUAUGUUGCAGCUUGUAUUAAGACUGAAAAUGGUAAAUAGCAUAUUUUCUAAUUCGUACUGUCCUUAAUUUUGGAUGUAAAGCAUUCUUUGCUUAGUAAUAUGUUUUUUGUAUCAAACGUACCCUAGUUGACUAGCAAAAGGAGAGCCCAAAAACCAUUAUUUGCUGUUGAAUUCUAACAGCUUUGAAGAUGUAACAGUCUUGCUUGCUUUCUAUAUAUUUUAGAAGUUGUUUCAACUGUAUUUAUUCACGACCGUAAAUACCGUAGAACUGAUACAAUUUCAUCCCAUAGGGAUCAUCGUGUGUAAAAUAAACUGGCAGUGUGUUUUAAUAGAAAUUGUAGUGGAUGAAUAAGUACGCACACUGUUGUGUUGUUACCUUUGCAAGUGGUAUCAAAACAUUUAAAUUUUAAUAUUUAAUAUUCAAUAAA